AUGGUAAACACUCUGCCCUGUUUUAACAACUGUGACCCUAAACUCACUCCUCUCUUUUCCCUUUCCCUCAAUCAUCGCGUUACCACAAUCGUCGGUAAAGAAAAAGUCGUCCUUGAAAAAAUGAAAGAAGAGAAGUCCCGCGAUGUCGGGGACGUUGAGCGCUUAGAUGCUCCUAACACGCGCCAACGGCGAGGAGUUGGCCGCAAGUUCUGGGGCGCCGUGUUCAUCUCGCUUUUGUUGCUUCACGUCUUCCUCCGGCCCGUGAGCUAUGGCAUGUCGGGUUGCAUGACAGGUUCUUCGAGUGAGAAGAACAUUGAAAGACGCGUGAAGUACAUCCUAAAACACACUCCAUUGAUCGAUGGACACAAUGAUUUGCCCAUUAUGCUGCGCUGGAAAUUCAACAAUCACAUCAAUGACAAGAACUUCACCACCGGCUGGGAAGACGGCACGCUCCCCGGCCAUGUCGACCUUGCGCGCCUGAGAGAUGGCAUGAACGGAGGAGCUUUCUGGAGCUUGUUUUGGCCCUGCCCUGCCAACGGCACCGAUUUCUCUGAUGAAAACUAUCUGCCCGCCGUCGAGGCAACACUCCAACAAAUCGACCUAGUCGACCGUCUCCGCGCCGCCUACCCCAAGGACUUCGGCCCGGCCGUCUCCAGCAAAGGGGCUCUCAAAGCCUGGAAGCACCACAACCAGCUCAUCUCGCCUAUGGGCAUCGAAGGUCUUCACCAGAUCGGCAACUCGGCCGCCACUUUGCGCCGCUACCACGCCCUGGGCGUCCGCUACGCGACGCUUGUUCACAACUGCGGCAACAAGUACGCCGACGCGGCCCUGCAGGAGAAUCCGUUCCGGAAAGCGCCCUCCCACUGGGGCGGCGUCAGCCCGGCCGGCGAAGCCCUGGUCAACGAGAUGAACCGCAUCGGCAUGAUCGUGGAUCUGUCCCAUACCAGCGUCGAGACCAUGAAGGAUGUUUUGGGAGGGACCGGUAAAGAAUGGAACGGAAGCAGAGCCCCCGUCAUCUUCAGCCACUCGAGCGCCUACGCGCUGUGCCCGCACCCGCGCAAUGUGCCGGACGAUGUUUUGCAGCUGGUCAAGCAGCGCAACUCGCUGGUUAUGGUCAACUUCUCGCCGGACUUCAUCUCGUGCGUGGCGGCCCCGGAGAGGGACGAUGGACUGCCAGAUUUUGACCCGGAAAACGCGACUUUGGAGCAUGUGGCUGAGCAUAUCAUUCAUAUUGGCAAGCUGAUUGGGUAUGAUCAUGUCGGUCUCGGCAGCGAUUUUGAUGGGAUUCCGACAGUUCCCAAGGGUCUGGAGGAUGUCUCGCGCUAUCCGGAUCUGGUAGCUGAGCUGCUUAGACGUGGUGUUAGUGAUGCGGACGCGAGCAAGAUCGUGGGCGGAAACAUCCUCCGCGUGUGGAGCGAUGUUGAGCGUGUGGCGGUUGAGAUGCAGAAGGUUGGUGAGCCGGCUCUUGAGGAUGAUCUGAAAGACUUGAUGCCUGAAGAGUAG